AUGUCGCUGAAAACGAUCAUCAGUUUGGUAUUGGUGUUGUUGAGCAGCCGGACGGAGUCGUUACCCUCCUUAAACGGUGGUCUGAAGACCUUUACUCUCGAGGAACUGAUACCACUGACAGUUUCAUUCUUUCCUGAACAGUUAUCGUUGCAAUGGAUAUCAGACACAGAGUAUUUAUACAAGGAGCCGGGACUAGGUACCUGGAAGUACAACGUAACCACCGAUACUUAUACAGGGAUUCUAGAAGAUGCUGACUUGGCCAAUGUCAGGAAUUAUUCGACUUCUUCGUUCUCUAAAGAUUUCAAAUUUUUACUGCUCACUUCUAAGAAACGUAAACUUUAUAGAUAUUCAAGCACAGCCGAGUAUUGGGUUUACGAUAUAGAGAAAAAGACAAUCAGCAGAAUCGGACAGGGUAUCGUACAAGUUGUCAUUUGGGGUAAGGGACGAUCAUUGGCGUACGUGCAAGACAACAAUGUGUACUACGUGCCUGACGCCAGAACACCCCAUAUCACGUAUGCACUCACUAAGGAUGGCGUUCCAGGGGAAAUAUAUCAUGGGGUUCCUGACUGGCUAUAUGAGGAGGAGAUGUUCAGUGCACCUGAUGCGAUGUGGUUUUCUGAAAAUGGAAAAUUUCUGGCAGUGGCAACUUUUAAUGAUACCAAUGUUGAUUCUACCACCUUUCCUUUUUACGGCCAACCGUCUGACUUCAAUAAUCAGUAUCCAGAAAUAAUCAAAUUCAAGUACCCAAAGGCAGGUCGGCAAAAUCCACUUGUAGCGCUUCGUGUUUUCAAAUUGGACGAUGUCUUUCAAGAACCCUGGAAUAUCCCAGCACCAGUAGAUAUAGUAGGAAUUGAUCAUUACCUGGGCAGAGUAAAUUGGGCUUCAGAACAGAGCUUAAUCGUUCUGUGGCUGAACAGACGACAAAAUAUAAGUGUUCUUAUAAACUGUGAUCUAGAACGUGAUAAGUGCAGCAUAGUUACCGAACGUACAGAACCAAAUGGAUGGAUUGAUGUCAAAGAACCAUUCUUCGAUAAAUCAGGACAUAGAAUGGUUGAAAUACAAAAUUUGUAUAAUGGUGAUCAAAGGUUCCCGCAUGCAGGUCGAUUUAAUUUCUUAUCUUUGACAACAGAAGAUUUGAGUCCUGGAAAUUCUACAGUAACAGAAAUACUUGGGUGGAAUCAGGAAACGGAUACAAUUUACUACAUUGUAUCGCCAGGCAAUAUUCCAUGGACAAGACAAAUAUGGGCGACAUCGGGAGGUGUUGUAAGAUGUGUCAGUUGUAGGGAACCGUCUUGUCAUUAUGCAUCAGGAACUUUCUCACCUGGAGCUAAAAAUGCUGUGAUUACGUGUAGUUCCAGUUUCUCUCCACCUAAGAUUUUCUUAUAUAACAGUCAGAAGGAUCAUUUCAAGUUAAUCAAAGACAACAGCAGAUUGAAAGAGAAAUUAAGACAGUACAAAUUACCAAUGAUGUUGUUUAAUGUAGUGUCAUUAGGAGACACUAUGUUGGGACAUGUGAAAUUAACCCUACCACCAAACAUGCAGUCAGGAGUUAAAUACCCUUUGGUGGUGCGAGUUUAUUCUGGGCCAGGCACUAGCAGAGUCAAAGACAACUUUGAUUUAGAAUAUUACAAUACAUAUUUAGCGAGCAACAGAAGUUUUAUUGUGGCUGCUAUCGAUGUACGCGGCUCAGGAGUUAUGGGCGUUGAAGCGAUGCAUGCCAUUAACAACGCCCUUGGAACAGUUGAGGUUACUGAUACUUUGGCUACUAUCAGGAGUUUGGCUAGUGUAUAUUCGUUCAUCGAUUCAGACCGCAUUGGCGUAUGGGGUUGGAGCUAUGGCGGGUUCAUGUCAACCAUGAUGCUCAUUCAAGACAAGGAGAAAAUACUAACCUGUGGGGCUGCUGUUGCUCCAGUUACCUCUUGGCUUUAUUAUGACACUAUGUAUACCGAACGUUACAUGGAUACGCCGCAAGCGAACCCUGAUGGCUAUGAGCGUUCGGAUCUAAUGAAACAAGUGGAGAAAUUACGCGGUCGCCGGUUCUUGCUCGCACAUGGCACCGACGAUGACAAUGUGCACUUUCAACACAGCAUGCUGUUGGCGAAACAACUGCAGCACAGCGAUAUAGAUUUUGAACAAAUGAGUUAUACAGACGAGAAGCAUUCAUUAUUGGGUGUAAGCAGACACUUCUACCAUAUGCUGGAUCGCUUUUGGACGCGAUGCUUCAACCAUGACUGA